AUGACUGCCCCCGAUUUCUUUCAAUAUACAAGGGAUCUAGCUCGAUACUUCAGAGGCCGGUUGCGGUCUUUACAUAGCCCAAGCGUUCCUCGUCCUGCUCCACCACCAUGGUUGAAGCCAGAGGCCCAAGCAUCUGUUGAAAGGGUAAUUAACAUGCUUGAAGAAGCAUUCAAAUCUUCAUAUACGACUACUUGGGACGUCCGGGACUAUGCUGCGGACGUGUCACUGAGACAGAGUGGAAGCAAUGAGGAGUUGGAGAAGAAACUCUUGGCACGAUUCCCACCGAUCUACGAAACAGCUGGGUCCGAUAUCCCCUACCUCGAUCAACUGUGCCAUAUAACCGACUGGCAGGGUCACAUUUUACUUUGGUACUUUCCUGAAAUGUUCUCAGAACAGCUUCGGACAUUUAUUUGGGAUCACACAGGUUCUUUGAGCCCCAAAAAGAGAAGUAAUGGGACUUGGCGGGAUCACCACCCUGAGAAUGAAGGGGUCACUGGGGUUGUAAAUUUAUCACCCAGCUGGUUUUCUCAAGGACAUGAAGGUCCCGAGGAUCCACUGCGCGCAUCAGCCGAUAUUCAGGAACCUGCCAAUUCAACCUACCUCCAGAAUGUCCUAUUGGCCAAUGCAAUUGUUGGCGCAAUCUAUGCCAUCAUACAACCUGAUCUUUUUGAGUCCGGUUUAGCCACCUUUGAGAAGCUUGCCAAUCAUGCUGAGGCAUUGGAUGAUCCUAUCAAUAUUGCUCUUCGUGUUUGGGCCACUCCCUUCACCGGUCUUUCAGUCAUCCUGAACCGAGAGACGAUUGAUCACCAAGAUCUAAAGGGGUAUAGGGAGUCUUUUGACUUGUUGCUCACCAUCGGAAACUACACAGGAGGCUGGUGUCACUUAGCCGGGCUCGGGUUUAGCCUUGUUUAUGACCCUGGGACGGUUGUUGCCUUGGCCGGCAAUGUUUUACAACAUGGUGUUUGUCCUGUGCUGGGUGACCGGGCCUGUUUAGCUCACUUUUGGCACAAAAAGGUUGGGGAAAGGCUUGGGGUGAAGAGGCCUCAGUGGUUGACCAUGGCAGACUUGAUAUAUAAUUUGUCUGGUAACUAA